UAAAAACCGAAGCACAAUGGAAAAUGAUUUAAGAUGUAAACAAAGCCAAAGCCAAAAAGACCUUGAAAGAAAAGGCUAGAAGUAAUUGGCGUAAAUGGCGAUGAUAUCAACGAAUGGAAGAAAGUCAUCCUUAUCCCGUGUCUAAAACCAGGAAAAGACCCCAACAGUAUCGAGUCAUACCGCUUUAUCUCUCUUCUCUCCUGUCUAUUGAAGCUUUUCGAAAGGGUGAUAAAAUAUAGAAUGGAAUGGUGGCUCAAUCAUCUCAACA